UCAGCUGCUCCAAAAGCAUCCUCCCUCCCUCCUCCAGUCGCUCUCUCUUUCUCUCUCUCUCGCUCGCUCUUUCUCUCUACCCCCACCACAGAUGAGAACAGGUCCCCACAGAGGAUGCCAGCAUCUCAUUGGUUGAGAUAUCACAGGAGUGGAUGGGAACAGGAGAGAGAGAGAGAGAAGCAAGGAAGAGAGAAAGCUCAAGAAGAUACAACUAAACCGCCACAGCAUCCCGACACAGCACUGAGCCGAGGGAUGCACGAGGUGCAGACACAUGCACUGUCAUUGUUGUCUUACAGAUUUUCGGUCUUCCUAAUGAUGGAAAACACACUGGACUUAAAGGAUAACUUUCUCCACAUUGCUGCUGGAACGAGCUCUCCAGGUGAAAGGUGCAGGCAAGCAACAGCUGGGUUGACUGAUGUGGAGCUUUUUGGAUCUCAGCAUCACCUGCACUCGUCCCUCCUCGUUGACUGAGCUGCUGCUAGCGAUUACUCCUCUUAAUUUCCACUGAGCUACACUACCCACACCUGAACCCCUGUAUUUGUUGGGGCGAGCUAUUUUAGUCUUCACAGUCUGCACUAUUGUCUUUGAGAGAGGUGUCGCUUGGAGAAGGGUGGCUGUAGAUGUGGGUGCCCGCGACCUGCACUGGACUGUCACCCUCAAAGUGUCCUCCUGCACCCACUGAGAGCCCCUGGAAGCCACCUGCUGUGCCUCUGGGAUGGUGUGACCUCCAGCCAGCUGUUGGCCGUCCCACGUCUCGGUCAAGAUGCCGGUGAUGAAGGGCCUGCUGGCCCCACAGAACACCUUUCUGGACACCAUCGCGACACGCUUCGAUGGCACCCAUAGUAACUUCCUGUUGGGUAACGCCCAGGGCCACCGUGGCUACCCCAUUGUCUACUGCUCAGAUGGCUUCUGUGAACUAACAGGCUUCACAAGAACUGAGGUGAUGCAGAAGAACUGCAGCUGCCGCUUCCUGUACGGGACUGACACCAGCGAGCACGUGGCCCAGCAGAUGGUGAAGGCUCUGGAGGGCCGAGAGGAGUACCAGGCCGAGGUCCACUUCUACAAGAAGAAUGGUGUGGCUUUCUGGUGUCUCUUAGACAUUGUGCCCAUUAAGAACGAGAAGGGCGAAAUGGUCCUCUUCCUCUUCUCAUUCAAGGACAUCACUGACACCCAUGGAAAGGGCCACCACAGCAGCAAGAAGGAGGGUUCAGAAGACAAGAGGCACAGGAGGAAGAGCGGCUCUCACUUCAGCGAGGCCAGGAAGCGUGGACGCACCAUGUUGUACCAGCUCACCAGCCAGUUUUCAAGAGGAGGCAAAAGAGAGGUCAACCUGGGUGGCAACAUUAUUGACAAGCCUUCAAUACCGGAGUACAAGGUGGCAGCAGUGCAGAAGUCACGCUUCAUUCUGCUCCACUACAGUGUGUCCAAAGCCCUGUGGGACUGGCUCAUUCUGUUGGCCACCUUCUACGUGGCUGUCACUGUGCCCUACAAUGUCAGCUUCACGCCAUACGACGACACCGUCACAGCCGCACGCUCCACAAUUGUCAGCGACAUUGUUGUGGAAAUGCUCUUUAUUUUAGAUAUUAUCCUGAACUUCCGCACCACCUAUGUGAGCCAGUCAGGGCAGGUGGUGUACGAGUCACGCUCCAUUUGCAUUCAUUAUGCCACCACGUGGUUCUUUGUGGACCUGGUGGCUGCCCUGCCCUUUGACCUGCUGUAUGCCUUCAACAUCACAGUGACCUCCUUGGUCCACCUGCUCAAGACUGUACGCCUGCUGCGUCUCCUUCGACUACUUCAGAAGCUGGAUCGCUACUCCCAGUACAGCGCCAUGGUGCUGACCUUACUGAUGUCUGUGUUUGCCCUUCUGGCACACUGGAUGGCCUGUAUCUGGUACAUGAUUGGACGUAAGGAGAUAGAGACCAAUGAGAACUGGGAGAUUGGGUGGCUCCAUGAGUUGGGCAAACGUCUGGAGACACCCUACAUUAACAGCACGGUGGGCGGCCCGACAGUGCGCAGCUCCUACAUCGCUGCCCUUUACUUCACCCUCAGCAGCCUGACCAGUGUGGGCUUUGGCAAUGUGUGUGCCAACACCGAUGCUGAGAAGAUCUUCUCCAUCUGCACUAUGCUCGUCGGCGCGCUGAUGCAUGCCCUGGUGUUCGGUAACGUGACCGCCAUCAUCCAGCGUAUGUACUCACGACGCUCUCUCUACCACACACGCAUGAAGGACCUGAAGGACUUCAUCCGUGUCCACCGUCUGCCCCAGCAGCUCAAACAACGCAUGCUGGAGUACUUCCAGACCACAUGGUCUGUCAACAAUGGUAUAGAUGCCAACGAGCUCCUGCACGACUUCCCAGAUGAGCUGCGGGCCGACAUCGCCAUGCAUCUGAAUAAGGACAUCCUCCAGCUGCCGGUCUUUAAGGGGGCCAGUCGUGGCUGCCUGCGCUCGCUCUCCCUCCAUAUAAAAACCUCCUUCUGCGUCCCUGGAGAGUACCUCAUCCGUCAGGGCGAUGCGCUGCAUGCCAGCUACUUUGUCUGCUCCGGGUCUCUGGAGGUCCUGAAAGACAAUAUGGUGCUGGCAAUAUUAGGAAAAGGGGACCUCAUUGGGUCUGACCUGCCUGGAACAGACCAGGUGAUAAAGACCAAUGCUGACGUGAAGGCCCUGACCUAUUGUGACCUCCAGUACAUCAGUGUGCGUGGCCUGAGGGAGGUGCUGGAACUCUACCCCGAGUAUGCCAGUGUGUUCGCCUCCGACAUCCACAAUAACCUCACCUACAACCUGCGUGAGGGCAGCCAGGAUGAGGGCCACAGCAGGUUGUCAAGGUCACCCAGGCUUUCCCUUGAACCCAGGCUCCCCUCCAUCGUGGAAACAAAGGGGGAUAACCCUGACGACUCCUUCCAUCUCUCUCCAGCAACUCGCUCCCGUCGCAACCUCCUGCUGCCCAGCUUCAGCAGCCCAGUUCGCCGUACCUCUUUGGGUAACCUCCUGGGGGAUGAGCUGCGGCAGUUCAACGCCCUGCGACGUUGCCGUUCACCAAACCUCAGCCGUGGGAUCCACGGGCCGAGCUCGUCCCCUCAGCCACCAUCAAAAAGAGAGCACAGCGGCCCUGCAGCCGCUCCAGCCUCACCUUCAGCCCAGAGAGAGUCAGGGGCUGAGCAAAAGCCUGCAAAGCUGCUUAUCCCAACUGUCACCUGCUUUGGACCCCCAGAUCUUAGUCCCAGGGUUGUAGACGGCAUCGAAGACAAUGGACACACGUUCCAUUUCAAUGUGGAGCACAGCGGGCCUAAAGCCAGCACAGGAGGCGGCACCCAAGACUCCACACAGGCUAAUGCCGCUCUCCUGCUGGAGACAGAGGAGGUCAGACAGAGUAUCAGUCAACUCAACCACAAGAUGGGCACAUUAAACCAGGAAGUAUCUGAGCUCACCAAGGGCCUGCACCACAUGAUGCACCUCCUUCAGGCCCACUUAUCAGUGCAUCACUACAAAUCUUCAAUCCCUGCAUACCCGUAUGGCAUCCAAAUGGUGUCCAGCCCUCCCAUAGGCCACAACACUGACCCAUCUUUCAAUCUAGCCUCAACGUACCAUGUCCACAACGAUUCUGCAAAUCAUGAAGGCUACAGCCGCCAAAACACCCCACCCGCUGGACACUGGGGCUACAGUGCAGCUGCUGAAGCACAAACAGAGAACCACCACCGACCUCAAUCCUCUAGUCCACCUGCUAACUCUUGUCCAUCGCCCUCUGUAAACUCCCCACCACAAUUAGCUCCCUGUCAUGGCUCUGAGAGCGUGACCACACAUCAGUGGACCAGUUCAUCUCUUCUUACUGUCAGCCCAGGCUUUCAGAGUGGAAGUCCAGGCCAUGCACCCCAUACCGGGCAUAAGGACUUUGACAACAAACCUCUCAGUGCUAGUCCAACUACCAUCAGCCAGUCCCAGCCCACUUUGUGCCUGCAGCCUCCCAGUGAGAGUGAUGAAUAUUCUUGCCUUUUGUCCAGUGCCCUUACAGGUACGUCCACACACAGCCUGCUGGACUCAUCCCCCGGUUCUUACCCUCAUCUCUGCCUGCCUUCUGAGUCCCAUCUGAACUUAUCACAAGCCACACAUGAGGACAUUUGUGUUUUGAUGUCCACCCCGGCUUCACAUAAUCUCAUGCAGGAUACCUCCAUCUUCCAAAUUGAGGACUCACACCCCACAAUCCACCCUGUGUCUGCCUCCCUACCCACACUACCAGUCCAAAUUUGUGGCUCUUCACUGGAUUCAGGAUCACCUAGAACAGAUGCUCUCGAGCCCCACCUUCCACUGGGCGACCCAUCCGCCAUAGAACACACCAGUCUGGAGUGCCUACUGGGGAACAGGGGCUCUAUGGAGAGCAGGGACAGUGAAAGUGCAUCAUCGCGAAGGUCCAGCAUUGGGGUCCAGACCCAGAGCACAGAGCAGUCGUGGUGUCUGGACCUCACAGACUGAACUGUUUCAGGGACAGAUUCGCCGACUGGAGUGACAGAGUUAUUAACGAGUUAUAAAGUUGUUAACAUGCAACUUCUGACAGUGUUUAAAGAGAACCUGCUGGAGAUUGUCAAUAUGUGCUCUAUUUACACCCUGUUAAUGUCUAGCCUCUCAUAUUUGUCAAACUAUGACACCAUUUCUAUGCAAAAGCAUGUCAUUUGUGCAUUAUCUUGGCUUUACUGAAGUGUGUCUUUUAAACAACAGUUGCACAACAGUGGGUUCCAGUAUAUACUGUAUAUUUUUCCAGCACCUUCACACCAAUUUGCAGUUGAUAAUACCUGUUACCUCCUUGCAUGGUAAAGUUGUUUAUUCUUUUUCCUAAGGAAAAGGUUUCCAAAUCAAUGUGUACGCAUUUUACAUGACAUGAUUGUGUACACAGAUACUGUAUUUGUAUGGCACACAGGUUGGUUGGAUGAUUUAACAUAGUGAGGAACAGAAAUGACACAUGGAUCACCUUAGAUAUGGGGAAUAGAAUAUGUGUAUCACACAGCAUAGAUUGUUUAUUGUUUUAAACUGAAUGUUUUUCUUAAUUCAACAUUUUUAUUUGUGAGCUCUCUGACAACAAACAUUUAAUAUCCAAAGAUUCUUCAAGAGAUGUGAAUAAACUUCCUAAUUUUCCUUCAUCAAGGCAUUAAGGAUAGUGCUGUGAAAUAGCAUGAAAAAUUCUUUCUCAAGGAUCUACAGCUCUUUAAAGAUAACAUAGCUACUGAUAAACGUAAAUGUUGUUGAAAUGUUGAAGAUUGUCACUAAUUAAAAAUUACGAAUGCCUUCUUGGGGGGGAGAAAAAACAGUAACUCAUGAUACUCGUAACAUAUUCAGAGCACUCAAGAACUUUGUUCUUUUGGAAUGAUUUCUUCUUGGCUGACAAAAUAAAGUAUGCAGAAAUGUAUGACUGUGUCCUUUACUGUGCUGUCAGGCCCACACUUAAUGUUAGCCUACAUAAUAUUUC